AUGCUUCAGAAUCUCCUCUCGAAAAGGGAUUAUAAGUAUAUCCUGAAAAAUAAAGGCAAUAUUAACAGUUCCUGUAAAGAGUCUUUGUUAGAGGAUUUUGAGAACCGAAGUAUCACACCUACUAGGAAUAUUUUAGAUAGGCACUGGCAGGGGCAUACUAUACAAGAACUCACAAAUAAUGAAGCAAUAAUGUGUGAAAGCUCAAAAGCAGGAUUAUCAGGGGAUCGGAAGCCGCGUAAUUCUUUUAUACACAACAUACGAAACAUACAUAUCGUUAUGAUUACACAUAAUAUCGAUAUUUUGCAACGGAUUCUUCAAAGGAUUAGAUACAUAGGACAGAGGGUUCUAACUACCCGAAUCAGCAUUAUCAUAGAAUAUCAAAGAGAAUUAGGUGUGGCUGUCCAAGAAACUUUAUCAAUGAGAAAUAGAACAUUUAGAACCAAAGUAAAACGUCAAACAAAAUAUCUCCUCAAUCUCAAAGGGGAAAUGGGGAAAAUCCAUACAGUACAUCAACAGCUCAAGGGAAGAAUCUUAGGAAAUAUCGCAAUACUGAAAAUCCGGAAUCAUCAGCACGCAUUCACGGGAAUUCGUACUAUACUCCUCAAGCAAUACCACGUCGUCAUCAAUUCGGUGUGCCAUCCAAUACCUAAGAGUACAGCGGCAGAAAUAAUACAUACUUGUCGAACAAUUCUACAUGGUCCCGCAUCCUCCUUAUCAUAUAAAGCAUACAAUUCUGUACAGAGGGGUAAACAGCAUCCCCAUAUUAGGAGGAGUGAGUACUGGUUACUGGGGAUUGAAGUAUAUCGUCUGAUGCUCCUUUUACGGAUGCUGGUUGCAUAUACACUGGAAGUAUUACCGUUAUUAGUAGGCAUCCCAUUGAUAGUUGUCCCUUCUGUAUCUUAUGGACUCUUUGCUUUAGGUGUCAUAGAAUAUCUUUAUGUGCUUCUGAAAGUAUCCGAAUAUCGACAGACAUUCAACGGUAUGAGUAAGCUUCAUUUUAAGGAUUGUAUAUAA